AUGGCCGGUCUACGAAUGCGCCUCAUCACUUCAUCAUCCUCGCCCUUUCUCAUUGUCCGAUCACGUUAUCUUCGAGCACCUACGCUGCCCCAUCGACCGACUCACACGAUGGCAGCACAUAGUCAAGCAAUUGAAGAGCAGACCCUCCCAUUGUAUCAUCGAAAAUAUUACUACCCAGUCAAAAUUGGCCAAGUCUUUAAUGAUCGAUAUCGGAUAAUUUCGAAGCUUGGUUACGGUGCCUACUCCACUGUUUGGCUUGCGUGGGAUGAGAGGUCUUAUAGCGUUAAAGUUGUUUUGAUAUGGGCGGCAGUUGCUGACUUGGAAUCUAGGGAGAAUGAAUAUACCUCACUGAAAGUCUCUGUGCAGGUUGACAAUAAUAAUGCCGAGCUAUCUCCCGUUCUCAACGAAAUCAACGUGCUCCAGCGUUUGAAGCAGUUCGCUGAUGAGGAUCAUCCUGGUCUUGACUUUACAAGGCUUGCGCGUGAUAUAUUCGAAACAGAAAGUCUCUCUGGCCGCCAUUACUGCACUGCAUAUAAGCCUCAAGGCAAUAGCACCCGCAUAUUACAGGAGAAAUUCCCUAAUGCAAUAACUCCUAAACCUUUAAAUGUCUUGAUGGAAAUUGAUGACAACACUAACCUUGAAGAUAUUGAGGACCAGGAAUCCCAGGAUCCAAAUUUGCCGAUAACAUCCACAAUUAAUAAGACUAUGCCAAUAAUUGUCUACAAAUCUAAACCUACUAUGCUAGAACUCUCCGGCCUCCCUAUUCUUACAGACUAUGGUCAAAUGCGAGUGGUCGAAGGAUGCGUGAAUCAAGACUGGUGGAUGUCUGAUCUCUAUCGCGCACCGGAGGUGCUCUUACAUCUACCAUGGGGAUUCCCAGUUGAUAUAUGGUCAAUCGGCGUCAUGACCCUCGAACUUUUGGAAGGAAAAAACCUCUUCGACCCGAUUGACCGUGUUCAUGGCCAAUAUGUACUCCCAUUGGCUUUAGCACAAUAUAUCGGAUAUCUUGGCCCCCCCUCCACUGAGUAUUAUCCAGAAGAGCCCCCUUUUCUCAACCUACUUUGA